CGGUGGCCGUGCUAGUUUCUGCAUUUUUCGGUGGUGAUGCGGGGCGGGGAGGCGCUUCGGGCCACGUGCGAAAGGGGGAAGCGACGGCAGGGAAGUCGAAGCCGGGGGCGUGGGGCAGAUCCUUUUCCCCCCAGCAUUUCCCUGCCCGCAAAAUCCCCGUCGGGGCCAGCUAUAAAGUGCCCUGCCUACGGCUCGGGGCGGGCAGCGAGGAUGCGGCUGCUGCCGGCGGCACUGGCCCUGGCCCUGCUCCUGAGCAGCCUGGUGCCGGGGGACGGUCUGUCGCUGGAGAGCCUGCUGACCAACAAGAGGUGCAAGUGCGUCAAAUCGACCGCCCAGGUCAUCAGCCUGGGGCUGAUCCUCUCCAUCGACGUUACGCCGCCGGGCAUUCACUGCAGGAGGAAGGAGAUCAUCCUCUCCCUGACGAGGAGCAGGAAGGUGUGCGUGGCCCCCGAGGCGCCCUGGAUCCAGCUGCUCAUCCACAAGCUGACGCAGAGGAAUGGCACCAGAAGAGAGGCAGCGGCGCGGUCGCGGAGGGACGCGGAGAGGCGGCCGCUGGCCCCGUGACAGGACCCAUGCCCCCUCCCCAGCGCCCCCCGCCUCUGCCCCUGUCCAGCUGCGAUGAGAAAUAACCAGACAGGGUUAU